AUGGGAACUAUAUACGUUGACACUACCCUUGGGUUAGACAAUGAAACUGCUUCAGGCUCAGAAACUAAACCAUAUAAAUCUUUGGCCUAUGCUUACAUUAGGGAGGGUGGAAUUGAAGGCAAAACUUGUCUUGUUCGCGCUUCUAAUCCAGCUACAGUGAUUGAUGAUCCUAAAAUCGAUGACGGACAUAUUUGGAAGGAGCCUGCUAAGAGCGCCAUCAAAAAAGCACAAAGCGCUCUAGACGCUCACAAGAAAAAACUUUUAAAACAACAACAGGUCGCCACACAGGAAGCUGAAAGAGAAACUACGCGAUUAAAAAACCUUGAAGAUGCGAGAAAAGUGGUCAUCGAAGAAGACUCGUCGUUGCCGGAAGCUAUAAAAAUCACAAUCCGCGACAAAAGUCUGGUGUUAGGCGAGGGUGAUACCAGAGGAGCCCGAGUCAAGGUAUCUGGGCGCAUCCAUAGAUUACGAGAACAGAAACAAGCAACCUUUCUCACGUUGAUAGAUGGAUAUGGUCACUUACAAUGCGUUCUGGCCGGCACUUUGACAAAAACUUAUGAUGCCCUUACUUUUGCCCAAGGUACAUCGCUGAUUGUCUAUGGAGAGAUGCGUAAAGUUCCACUCGGCCAGACAGCACCAGACGGCAGAGAAUUACAUGUCGACUAUUAUGAGGUCAUAGGAAGAAGCCCUUCUGAUGCAGAAGCCAUCACAAACAAAGUUUCUGCUCAGCAAGAUCAAUGGGAAUCAUCAAUGUUGGAUAACAGACAUCUAGUAAUUCGUGGAGAUACAGCAUCAUCAGUUCUCAAAGUUCGUUCAGCCGUAGAGUGGGCCUUUGCGAAAGCAUACAGGGAACUUUUUUUUACCAAGAUAUCCCCCCCGGCAUUUGUCCAAACCCAAGUGGAAGGAGGCUCAUCACUUUUUGAGCUUGAUUACUAUGGUGAAAAAUCUUACCUGACACAAUCUUCACAACUCUAUCUUGAGACUGCCCUCCCAAGCUUGGGAAAUGUUUACUGUAUUGAGAAGUCUUUCCGGGCCGAAAAGUCUCUAACUCGCAGACAUUUAUCAGAAUAUACUCAUGUCGAGGCUGAAUUAGACUUUAUUGAAUUUCAAGACUUAUUAGAUCAUAUUGAAUAUCUAAUUAGCACAGUUAUAAGUACAGUUUUGGAAGAUCCUGAAAUUUCCAGAAUAAUCAAACAACUUAACCCUGGCUUUGUAGUACCUAACAGACCAUUCAAAAGAAUGCGGUAUGAUGAAGCUAUUGAAUGGCUAAAUGCACAAGACCCCCCAAUUCUUAAUGAAGAAGGGAAUCCUCAUAUCUUUGGGGACGAUAUUGCUGAGGCUGCUGAGAGAAGAAUGACAGAUAUUAUCAACUUACCAAUAUUAUUGACUCAUUUUCCAACUGAAAUAAAAGCUUUUUACAUGAAAAAAGAUGAAUCUGAUCCUCGUGUCACCGAAAGUGUAGAUGUUCUUAUGCCGGGUGUUGGGGAAAUUAUUGGAGGCUCCAUGAGAAUGGAAGGCUACGAAGAAUUAAUGGAAGCAUACAAGCGAGAAGGUAUCUCACCGAAGGAAUAUUAUUGGUAUACCGAACAGCGAAAAUACGGCACCUCUCCACACGGCGGAUACGGCUUAGGACUUGAGCGAUUUGUUGCUUGGAUCUGUAAGCAACAUUCUGUACGUACUUGUUGCCUGUAUCCAAGAUUUAUGGGUCGCUGCAAGCCAUGA